AUGUAUCCAUCUAAUAUCCUCUUGGCCGGCGCCCUCGCGGGCUCCCUGGCCUCUGCCUUGCCUUCCUUCAGCUCCCUCCCCGAGCCAAACUUGUUCCCUCGUUCUGCUUGCAGCGGCAACACUGCCAGCACGAGAAGCGAGUGGUGCGACUACUCCGUCGACACUGACUACAGCAACGUGGUGCCCGACACCGGCGUUACUCGCGAAUACUGGCUGGAGCUGACGGACGUCACCGUUUCGCCUGAUGGAGUUCCUCGCUCUGCAAUGGCCGUGAACGGCUCCAUCCCGGGGCCUACCCUCUUUGCCGACUGGGGCGACACCGUCAAGGUCCACGUCAUCAACUCUCUUACAACCUCCAAGAACGGCACCAGCAUUCACUUCCACGGUAUCCGUCAAAACUACACCAACCAGAACGACGGCGUCUGCUCCAUCACUCAGUGCCCCACUGCUCCCGGUGACUCCAUCACCUACACCUGGCGUGCGACCCAGUACGGUUCGACUUGGUACCACUCCCACUUUGCCCUCCAGGCGUGGCAGGGUAUCUUUGGCGGCAUCGUCAUCAACGGCCCGGCCACGGCCAACUACGAUGAAGAUCUCGGCAUGCUCUUCCUGAACGACUGGGAUCACCAGACGGUCGAUGAGCUCUACUACAGCGCCCAGGCCGACGGUCCCCCAACUUUGGACAACGGUCUCAUCAACGGCACCAACGUCUAUGGCGAUGACGGUUCCUCCUCCCAGACCGGUCACCGUUACAACGUGACGUGGACCGCUGGCACAUCCUACCGCAUGAGACUCGUCAACGCCGCCGUCGACACGCACUGGAAGUUCUCAAUCGACAACCACACCAUGACGGUCAUCGCUGCCGACUUGAUUCCCAUCACCCCCUUCACCACCACAGUCCUCAACUUGGGCAUGGGGCAGCGCUACGACAUCAUCGUCACCGCGGACCAGGCCAGCACCGCCGACAGCUUCUGGAUGCGUGCCAUCCCCCAGGCCGCUUGUUCCGACAACGACAGCACCGACAACAUCAAGGGCAUCGUCUCGUACACGGGCACAAUCACCACCCCCACCACUACUGGCUACUCCUACACUGACGGCUGCGACGACGAGACGGACAACCUCGUGCCCCAUGUCGCCAAGAGCGUCUCCGGCGCCGACACGACCAACCUCCAGGUUGCUAGCGUGCAGAGCAACUCGGCCGGUCUCUUCAGGUGGACCCUCAACAGCACCAGCAUGGUAGUCGACUGGGGGUACCCCACGCUCGAGUCCGUCAUGGGUGGUGUUACCAGCUGGGAGAACAACGACGCCGUCGUCGAGCUCACCGAGGCCAACCAGUGGGUCUACUUCAUCAUCCAGACCACUCUCCCCGUCCCUCACCCCAUCCACCUUCACGGCCACGACUUCUUCGUCCUCGCCCAGGGCACUGGCACUUUCUCGGACUCGGUCGCGCUCAACACCGCCAACCCUGCCCGCAGGGACACGGCCAUGCUGCCCUCCUCCGGAUACAUCGUCAUGGCGUGGGAGACCGACAACCCUGGCGCGUGGCUCAUGCACUGCCACAUUGGCUGGCACACGUCCGAGGGCUUCUCGAUGCAGUUCGUCGAGCGCUACAGCGAGAUUGCGGCCAUCACCGACAACUCCACUCUGACCAACACUUGCAGCACUUGGAACGCUUUCCAGGAGAAGUACAGCAUCGAGCAGGACGACUCUGGCAUUUGA